CUCAAAAAGGAGGCGCCUCAGAAAUAGGCUCCUCACGCAUGGUCUGUGCAUGCCCAUGAUCAUUUUCUCCCCAUUUUCCUCCCUCCCUCUUAUCCUUACACGUCGAGGCAGCUAUUUUUGAGGUGCCUCUAAAAUAUUUUCCUCCCCAUUUUUCUCCCUCCCUCUUAUCCUUACACGUCGAGGCGGCUACGGCAAGCUAGUGCAGAAGGAGAUCUCGGCCAUCCAGCAGUACGGCGCGCCACUCUUCAUGCCGGGAGGAGGCAGCCCGGGGGGCAUGCCCAUGGGGGUGCCGUCCAUGGGGCACUCGCCCUCUGUUCCGCGACAGCCCAUGAGCCACCGCAUGGCACAGCGUCUUGGCACCCAGCAAGGACCCCGGCGAGCCCAGCGCUACUCAAGGGACGACAAGCAGCGCGGCGGCUACAGAGACGGCGGAAGUGGGGGAGGUGGUGGUCCUGCCCGCAAGAGGGGGAGGGACGACGACGAGCCGAUGCAAGAGGCAGGAAGGGAGGAAGGCGGAGACAGGCGGGGGGAGGGAGGGACGGAGGGGGGCAAGAAUCCGCGAUUCAGAGAGAGGGGGGAUGAUUCGGAUGAGGAGGGCGACAAGGCAUGAGGCAUGAGUCUCGGGAUGAGGAGGGGGAGGGGGAUGAGGAGGGGGACAAGGCAUGAGGAGAGUCUAUUUUUUAUGAGGCGCCUCAAAGAUAGAUUCGGAUGAGGAGGGGGACAAGGCACGAGUCUCGGGAUGUUUUUGUUUUUAGCCGCCUCAAAACUAAAAUUCAGAGAGAGGGGGGAUGAUUCGGAUGAGGAGCGAGACAAGGCACGAGUCUACAAGGAACUCGGGUGUGUGGUGUGGAUGCCAGUGUGUUGGAGGCACGUGUGGUUGGCUUUAUGUGGCCUUCAAAACCCCCUGGAUGUUACGUAAAGCCGUUGGCUGUAUGGAAAUCCC